AUGGCCAUAUAAAAAGGAAGCGACGACCUUGCGAAUUCGGAAAGUUUAAAGCUUUCAAGAAAAAUAGAUCCUUAAGGUAAUCGUACAAUAGGAGUUAUUACAUAAUUAGAUUUAUUAGAUGAAUGUAAUGAUAUAUUGAAUGAUUUACAAAAUAAAACAUACCCAUUAAAACUAGGUUAUGUUGGUGUAGUUAUGAGAGGUAAUAAAGAUUUAAAAACUAGAACAAUAAAAGAAUAGUUGUAAGAAGAAAAAGCUUUUUUUGACAAACAUCCUAUAUAUAAAAGAUUUUUUAAUGAAAUGGGAGUUCCUUAUUUAGUUAAGUUGUUAAAUUUUUCCCUUAUGAAUCAUAUUAAGAAAUAUUUACCGACUUUAAGGGAAAAUAUUAUCACUAUUUUAUGUAAACAUGAACAAGAACUUAAAUAAUAUGGAGAUUUUGAACAAUUUGAAAGCAAAUAAGCCCGAGAACUUUAUUUAUUAAAAAUUUUUUCUUAAUAUACAAAAUCAUUUAGUUCUAUAUUAUAGGAUUCUUAUAUACAACCAAAUACGUAUGAAUUAUAAGGAGGAUCAAGAAUAUAAUAUAUAUUCAAUAAUAUAUUUAGAAAAUCAAUAUCAGAAAUAAACCCCUUCGAUAUAUUAAAUGAUUAAGACAUUCGUACUGCCAUUAGAAAUGCAAACGGAGUUCGUUAGUCUUUAUUUAUUGCAGAAGGAGCUUUUGAUAAUCUUGUAAGAUAAUAAAUUUCUAGACUUCUUAGCCCUUCUUUAUAAUGCAGUAAUUUAAUAUAUGAGGAACUUAGGAGAAUUUUAAACCAUAUAAAUAUUCCAGAAAUGAGUAGAUUUAAUAAUUUAAAUAAUAGAAUUUUCGGAAUUAUGGAAGCUGUACUCUAAAAAUGCCUUUAACCAACAAAUUAAAUGAUAAAAAGCUUUAUAGAAAUAGAAUUAGGCUAUAUAAAUACAAAUCAUCCUGAUUUUGUAUGUGCUAUCGAAAUGUUUUAAAACAAAUAAAAUGAAGUUGCGGUUGAUAUAAAAAAUAUAUAAUAAAAUGAUAAUAAUAAUCAGGAUUAAUCAGAUUCCAAUGUUUCGGUAAUUUCAGAAUAAAAAUAUAACAUAAAUAAUAGAAAUAGUGAUAAUUUAGAGGAAAAAUAAUAAUAAUAAUAAUAAUAAUAAUAAUAAUAAUAAUAAUAAUAAUUAUAAUAAUAAUAAAUAAAUAAUGAAAAUGAUAAUAGAUUUUGGGGAUGGCUUCCUUUUACUUCUAAAUUAAAUAAAUAAACGUAACUUUUGGACAAUAAAUUAAAGAAAAUGAACUUUACAUAAAUUUAAAAUAAUGGAGAAGUAAAAACAUUAUUUUUUUAUAAUAAAAAAAAAAAGUAUAUAAAAGAUGAUUAAAGCAAACCAGAAACAUCAAAAAUAUUUAACAAUAUAUAAUAAAAAUAAGAAAAAAUUAUUUAUUCGUUUAACAAUAGAAAACCAAAUAGAAAAGAAAUAAAUGAGUUUGAAAUGGUUAAAAAUUUAAUUGUAUCUUACUUUAAUAUUAUAAAGAAAAACAUAAAUGAUGUUGUACCUAAAACAAUUAUUUCUUUUUUAGUUAAUAGAUCUAUAAAUAUAGCAGAAAGGGAAUUAAUUACUUAUUUAUAUAAAGAUGAAUUAUUUGAAGAGUUAUUAUAGGAAAACUCUUACAUAGUUAAACAUCGAGAAUAUUCAAAAUAAUAAAUAAUUAUAUUAAAAUCUUGCUUAAAUGUUUUAAAUGAUUUGGAUUGUAAGUUUUGA